GACAAACAUCGCCUUACACUCCAAGAGAAGAAGUUGCUUGAGCUAAAAAAAAAAAAAACACUCUCAUCCCCUCAGCAAUGGCUGCUACUGUUGGGUUCGUCGGAUUGGAUGCUUCCAGCUUAGACAUGGCCGCUUUACUUCUUCGUUCCGGCUACAAACUUCAAGCUUUCGAGGUAAACAAGCCUUUGAUGGAUGAGUUUUUGAAGCUAGGAGGAACUAGCUGCACCAGUCCUAUGGAGGCAGGGAAAGAUGCUGCAGCUUUGAUCAUACUAAUAUCUCACGUGGAUCAAAUUAAUGAUGUCAUUUUUGGUACCAAGGGUGUUUUAAAAGGGCUGCAAAAGGGCACAAUUAUGAUUCUCCAUUCUACUGUAUUACCAUUAUACGUCCAGAAUCUAGAGAAACAACUAACAGAGGAUGAUCAGACUUCUUUUCUACUGGACGCAUAUUUGUACAAGGGAAUGUUUGAGGUUUUAAAUGAAAAAGUCAUGGUAAUCUCCUCAGGAAAGUCAGAUGCAAUUGCAAAAGCGCGACCCUUUCUCUCUGCAAUGUCUGAAAAGCUUUACGUCUUUGAGGGUGAAAUUGGUGCUGGAAGCAAAAUCAAAUUGGUUAAUGAAUUGCUUGAGGGAAUCCAUCUUGUUGCUGCUGCAGAAGCACUAUCUCUUGGUGUUCAAGCUGGAAUCCAUCCAUGGAUUCUCUAUGACAUCAUUUCUAAUGCUGCUGGAAAUUCAUGGGUUUUCAAGAAUUUUGUACCACAGUUGUUAAGGGGAAAUGCCAAAAGCUCUAUCCUGAAUGCUUUUAUUCAGAAUUUGGGUGUUGUUUUGGAUAUGGCCAAGUCACUAGCAUUUCCUCUUCCACUUUUGGCAGUUGCCCAUCAACAACUGGUUCUUGGGUAUACUCAAGGUCAUGGAGCUGAUGAUGAUACUCCAUUGAUUAAGGUUUGGGAGAAAAUAUUUGGAGUGAAUACUGUAGAUGCAGCCAGUGUGGAACCAUAUAGCCCAGAGCAACUAGCAAGUCACAUUAUUACUGAAUCAAAAACAGUUAGCCGAGUUGGUUUCAUUGGCCUUGGAGCAAUGGGAUUUGGCAUGGCAAAGCACCUUGUGAAGUCAAAUUUCUGUGUUAUUGGUUAUGAUGUGUACACACCAACACUAAUUCGAUUUGAAAAUUCUGGGGGUUUAGUUGGAAACUCUCCAGCAGAAGUAUCUAAAGAUGUUGAUGUGCUUGUUGUAAUGGUCACUAAUGAAGCUCAAGCAGAGAGUGUUUUAUAUGGAGAUCUUGGCGCUGUGUCAGCCCUUCCAUCCGGAGCAACUAUCGUUCUGUCAUCCACUGUCUCCCCUGCAUUUGUGACCCAACUAGAGCGACGCUUGCAGAAUGAAGGCAAGGAUUUGAAAUUGGUGGAUGCUCCUGUUUCUGGUGGAGUUAAGAGAGCUGCCUCUGGAGAACUUACAAUAAUGGCUUCAGGAACUGAUGAAGCUCUUAAAAGUGCAGGUCUAGUCCUCUCAGCAUUAAGUGAGAAGCUUUAUAUCAUCAAAGGAGGUUGUGGGGCAGGAAGUGGUAUAAAAAUGGUUAAUCAAUUGCUUGCUGGAGUUCAUAUUGCAUCAUCAGCUGAGGCAAUGGCUUUUGGAGCUCGUUUAGGUCUUGAUACUAGAAAGUUGUUUGAUGUUAUCACUCAUAGUGGGGGAACAUCCUGGAUGUUUGAGAAUCGUGUUCCCCACAUGUUGGAUGAUGAUUAUGCACCCUAUUCAGCUCUUGAUAUCUUUGUGAAGGACCUGGGGAUUGUUGCUCGUGAAUGCUCUUCUCGUAAAGUUCCUCUUCACAUUUCAACUGUUGCACUCCAACUUUUUCUGGCAGGGUCUGCUGCUGGGUGGGGUCGGAUAGAUGAUGCUGCUGUGGUUAAGGUAUAUGAGACCCUUACUGGGGUUAAAGUUGAAGGAAAACUUCCAUUUCUGAAGAAAGAAGUUACCUUGCAAUCUCUUCCAUCUGAGUGGCCAGUGGAUCCCAUUGAUGAUAUACAUAGGCUAAAUCAGAAAAAUUUGAAGACGCUGGUGGUUCUUGAUGACGAUCCAACUGGAACACAAACUGUUCAUGAUGUUGAGGUGUUAACAGAAUGGAGUGUUGAGUCACUUGUUGAACAGUUCAGGAAAAAGCCCUUAUGCUUCUUCAUUUUGACUAAUUCCAGGUCAUUAAGCUCUGAGAAGGCUUCUGCUUUGAUCAAAGAUAUCUGCACAAAUCUCCUUACUGCAUCUAAAUCUGUUGAGAUUGACUAUACAGUGGUUUUGAGAGGUGAUUCAACAUUACGUGGUCAUUUUCCAGAGGAGCCUGAUGCAGCUGUUUCAGUACUGGGACAGAUGGAUGUGUGGAUCAUUUGCCCUUUCUUUCUUCAAGGAGGCCGUUAUACAAUAGGAGAUGUACACUAUGUUGCAGAUUCUGAUGGGCUUGUUCCUGCAGGAGACACAGAGUUUGCCAAAGAUGCCGCCUUUGGCUAUAAAUCUUCAAACCUUAAGGAGUGGGUGGAGGAGAAAACAGCAGGCCGCAUACAAGCAAGCAGUGUUGCCUCCAUUUCUAUCCAACUGUUGAGGAAAGGUGGACCAAAUGCUGUCUGUGAGCAUCUUUGUAAUCUGGAGAAGGGGUCAACAUGCAUAGUUAAUGCAGCUAGUGAAAGGGAUAUGGCUGUAUUUGCUGCUGGAAUGAUUCAGGCAAAGUUGAAGGGGAAAACUUUCUUAUGCCGUACUGCUGCUAGCUUUGUUUCUGCUCGGAUUGGAAUCAUCCCAAUACCACGAAUCCUUCCAAAGGAUCUUGGAAUAAACAAAGAAAGAAAUGGUGCACUCAUUGUUGUAGGAUCCUAUGUUCCAAAAACAACAAAACAGGUUGAAGAGCUUCAAUUGCAAUAUGGACAUAUGCUAAGAAGCAUUGAGGUGUCUGUUAAUAGAGUUGCCAUGAAGUCACAAGAAGAACGGGAGGAGGAAAUUACUAAAACAGCUGAGAUGGCAUCUAUUUACCUUGCAGCUCAUAAGGACACUCUAAUAAUGAGCAGCAGAGAACUUGUCACUGGAAAAACUGCUUCUGAGAGUUUGGAAAUCAACUUCAAAGUGAGCUCUGCAUUGGUUGAAAUAGUCUGCCGGAUAACUACAAGACCUCGUUAUAUACUUGCGAAGGGUGGGAUUACCUCAUCAGACCUUGCUACAAAAGCUCUAGAAGCAAAACGUGCCAAAGUAGUUGGACAAGCCCUUGCUGGUAUCCCAUUGUGGGAGCUGGGUUCUGAAAGCAGACACCCAGGAGUCCCUUACAUUGUAUUCCCAGGUAAUGUGGGAGAUAGCAAAGCACUUGCAGAAGUAGUGAGAUCUUGGGCUUGUCCAGUCAGACUUUCAUCAACGAAAGAGAUCCUUCUUAAUGCAGAAAAGGGCGGAUAUGCUGUUGGAGCCUUCAAUGUCUACAAUUUGGAAGGAAUUGAGGCAGUUGUUGCUGCUGCUGAGGAGGAACAUAGUCCUGCUAUUUUACAGAUUCAUCCAGGUGCCUUUAAGCAAGCCGGCCUUCCCCUGGUUGCAUGCUGUAUAUCUGCUGCUGAACAGGCUACUGUUCCAAUUACCAUUCACUUUGACCAUGGAACUUCAAAGAAAGAGCUGGUUGAAGCUCUUGAGAUGGGCUUUGAUUCAGUCAUGGUGGAUGCUUCACAUCUUCCCUUCAAGGAUAAUAUCUCAUACACGAAGUACAUAUCUAUUUUAGCCCAUUCGAAAGGUAUGCUAGUUGAGGCUGAACUAGGGAGGUUGUCUGGAACAGAGGAUGAUCUGACUGUUGCAGAUUAUGAAGCAAGGCUCACUGAUGUCAAUCAGGCUGAAGAAUUUAUUAAUGAGACUGGUAUAGAUGCCUUGGCAGUGUGUAUUGGGAAUGUUCAUGGAAAAUACCCUCCAAGUGGUCCAAAUCUCAAACUUGAUUUGCUUAAGGAUCUGCAUGCCUUGAGCUCAAAGAAAGGAGUUUUUCUGGUGCUUCAUGGGGCUUCUGGUCUGUCAAAGGAACUUAUCAAGGGAUGCAUAGAGCGGGGUGUGAGAAAGUUCAAUGUGAACACUGAGGUGCGUAAGGCUUACAUGGAUGCUCUGAGCAAUCCCAAGGGUGAUCUGGUUCAUGUAAUGACAUCUGCAAAAGAAGCCAUGAAAGCCGUGGUUGCGGAGAAGAUGCACUUGUUUGGGUCAGCUGGAAAAGCGUGAUGAUCUUUUACAAAAUUAUUUUGAACAGAAUUUAGUUCCUGUUGUAUCUUCGGAAUAAUGGGCAGUCUAUAGCCUGAAAAACCAGAGUCAUAUAGAUUUUUUAGAUGUUAGUUGCACAACGGGAGGCAACUCUCUCAUUUUUUAUCAUACUCUACUCGCAUACUAUAUAUGACUCAAAUUUAAAAUCUCUCAUUUCUAACGUAAAGAAAUUAUCAUUGAAUUA